AUGUCGCAACAACAGCCUUUUCCUGUAACACAAGUGUCUGCUCCUGCCACCCAGUCACAACAGCAGCCUAUUCCUGUCACACAAGUGUCUGCCCCUGUCACUGUGUCACAACAGCAGCCUAUUCCUGUAACACAAGUGUCUGCUCCUGUCAUCAUGUCACAACAGCAGCCUAUUCCUGUAACACAAGAAGAAGCAGCUAAAUUACAAGGCCUCCACCCAUCGCAACACUUUGUUUUGCAACGGCAACCAGUUGUCAUGUCGCAACAACAGCCUUUUCCUGUAACACAAGUGUCUGCUCCUGCCACCCAGUCACAACAGCAGCCUAUUCCUGUCACACAAGUGUCUGCCCCUGUCACUGUGUCACAACAGCAGCCUAUUCCUGUAACACAAGUGUCUGCUCCUGUCAUCAUGUCACAACAGCAGCCUAUUCCUCAGGCUGUUCCUGUAACACAAGUGUCUGAUCCUGUCACCAUGUCACAACAGCAUUGUGUUCCUGUAACGGAAGCGUCUGCUCCUGUCAUGGUGUCACAACAGCAGACAACUCCUGUCAUCAUGUCUCAAUAG